AUGGACUCAGAUCCACCCAAGACGGGCGCCUCAGGCAAGACGGGCCUAGGGGUUCCGUUCCUCUUAUCAUUCCGGUCGCGCAGCUCGGCUGGGUCGUCAUCUGAUUCAGCACGUUCUAGCAACAUUCGUGCCCAAUCCGAUGUUCUCGGAGAGCUGCGAAGUGCUAUUGAACAGCUUCUCCAGCCCAAGGUUUCUUUUCAAAACCAACGAUCGUGUAUACGGCUCGUAAUUGACACACUGAAGCGAGAUCCCUCAGAGCUGGACUCGAUCUUGGAUCCUGCCAUUGCCACGCCACUUGUGUCGUCAUUGGUUGUCUUGUGCAGUCGCUUGCUACGUGAUACAUUUGCAUAUGAGAUCCGACUCCUGUCAUGUGAACUUUUGACUUCUACGCUCAAAUAUGCAGAUGUAUCCACGCAAAGUGUGUCAAGCGAGCUGUCGAAAGAAGAAGCUAUGGCCACGGGCUGGAACGCUGUCAUGCCAUCGCGUGCCAUGAGUAUGUUGGAUCGCGCAUUGCUGUAUCGAUUGGUCGUAAAUCUGCACAGAUACGAUCACUGGAAUGUGCCUUUGAUUGUCGAUGAGCCUGAACUGGCAUUCCAAACGCUAUCAGCUCAGCUAUCUGCCCUGCUCGUCUUGACUCGCGAUGGUCGCGAUAUUUUCGCAUUUAAGGGCAUUCUCAACGUACUUAUGAAAUGGCUUAGGUACACAUGCGGCGCUAUGCUUAUGCUGCGCACACGAUCCGAAUCUAACGUGACGGCCUUGAGCGAGCAUUGCAUGUGUACACUUGUCAAUUUGCUCGCAUCUAUCUGCAAGUUUAAUGCUUCUAGACUUGAUAAAAAGCAAAUGGAGCAGUUUGUGAAUGGACUCUGUGGCAUCGUCUUAUACCCGCGCAUACCAAGGUAUCAAGCUCCGGCCAAUACCUCGAAAGGAUACUCAUAUUAUGACACGCAGGGUCUCAACAUAUUUCUCACCACGCCCACAUUGAAGCCUGUGGAUGAAGAGCCAAAAUGGAUUCCACCGACUGAAAUGCUUGGUAUACCGAUUGGUGUCGACGACGUCGACUUUCCACCGUUCAGGGAACAAGAUAUACGUGUAUUUGUCAAAGUCUUGGACGCCGUUUUCUGCUACGCGUUUAUCCCAAGCGAAUGUUUGACACAAUGCGUGCUUUCUUUUUGUCGCGUGAUUGGACUCCCUAUUGCCCAGGCCGAUCAAAAAGAACUCAUCUUUCGUCUGGCCGAACGAAGCGUCGAUAUUCAGGCGGAACUUGAGGGGAUCUUGAACAAUUUCUUGAGCAGUCAUUUUGUCCAUUCUGUGAUUCAGCGCCUGUACGAGAUCUUGUGUGGACCGCGCCAUGGACCGCGCUCUAUCCGGGUAGGCGCUUUUCUGUUCAUCUAUGCAACUAUGAUCUGGAGUAUGCAACGACGCAUCGAGCAGGGCGCACACGUGAAACAGCAGUAUCCUAUUCUACCGCAGUCUGUCUUUGAGGGCAUUGUCCAUGGUGCUCUUUUGGAAGGUGACGAUGUGAUUGACCUAAUAAGUCUGUUUCUUAUCGAUGACUACUUGCCGCAACGAGAAGCAUGUCCUGAGGCCAUUGUGUUUGAUAACGUUCCAGCCCGAAAUCGUCAGACGCCGAAGCCGCUAUGCACCUUAUACCCAGAUUCAGGUCAAAGCUGCUGGAAUGUGGUCUUGGACUUGACGUUGGUCAUGAAUAGGCACUUGUCUCGUCACCGACGAGGCGUGAAAGAAUUGUCCUUGUCGUCUUUCGUGCUUCACAUGCUCGUCUUCCUUUUGUGCACUCGCACUGACCGGUACAUCAUAUCGAUGCCGUUCGUAUCAAGCUCUUUUUGGGCCCUAGCGCCUUUCAUCCCGGACUGUGUGUUGCUCAGUGUAAUAAAGGAAAAUGAACAGCAACACAUGUACUUGCCCAGCUCGCAUGACUGGCUUGAUAAGCUCACGGAAUUAGUCGAUACAUUCUACCCACGGGCCCAAUCAGACAUUCUUGCUUCGCGUGCCUUGCCAUCGGUGAACAGUCGGCACUAUGCUCUCCAAAUUAUCACCAAGGUAUAUGAAUGUGUUCAGGAUCUACCUCACUUGUUGGAACCAUUAAUUGAUCAAGUGAUUAUGCCACUGACAAAGCGAGCAUCUCGACAAGAAACAAACAUGGAAAUUGGUGUGUCUUUGCGUCGAAUCAUGCGACAUGCCAUGACUACAACGGUAUGCCAUCCAUCGAUCGGGAAGAAUCGACCUUUCUUCCACAUGCUCCACGACCUUUCUGAUGCUGUCUUCCGGGCCGAGCCUUCGUUGGCAGAUUCCACGCAGGCUGUGGCUCAGCACUCUCGACAACGCAGUUUGGGUCCACACAAUGUAAGUGAUGUGCGCGACGGUCGCCUCCGAUUCACUCGAGCUACGCGAUCUACGCGUGACCUCAUUGUUUUAUUUAUGCAGCUGUCCUUUGGCAUCACAGACCCAGCGGACAUGUCACCUGAGCUCGAUAUAACAUCGAAUGGUUCUCACGCGCGUCUGCGUGAAUGCAGUGUUGCUAUUUUCCGUGAAUUAUUGCGCAUGGUGCGCUCCAACACGCCUUUUUCAUCAGGCUCAAAUGAUGCCAACGCAUCGUGUUGUGUGCCGCCUCAGCUUCGCCAGGUGAUAUUGCGUUGGAUGCUGCGUCUUCGAUCAGAUCGGCAGCACCGCAUUUACUUUCAGGACCAUGUCGAAGACUUCUCCAAGUCGCUCAUGACAAUUUUGUCCCGAACCGAAGAAAGUGAUUUGUUGUCCACUCUUUCUUAUGAUCCACGUCAUUCGGAGUUAAAAAUGCCUUCUUGGAGUAGCCGUAUUUGGACCGUGUUCGAAAAUGAAGAGCUGCACACUGCCGACGGAUCGGAUCAUGCUGAGAGCUGUCCUCUACUUUUCCCUGUGUCAGAAUAUUUAAACACAGUUGUGCAUGUUCUGCAAACCGAAACAGAUUGGGACGUUCUGUCGACGCUUUUGGUCCACCUACCGUCCCAGUUGAACAACAUGCAUUUGUUUUGUGGAAAAAAGGCAUCGGCUGAAAUUUGUGGACUACGAAACUGGUUAUGUCCACUGUUACUGGAACAAAAGCCGUUGUCCAACCUUAUUUUGCCAGAGGAUGUACGUCGCACGGAUUUGACGGCCGUUUUGUAUGCUACACUCAAAGUACUGAUCUCGUAUCAUCGCCAUUUCACGCGCACGCAACAGGAUGAACUUGUGGAAACAUUCGUUGUGGGUUUGUCGCACUCACAGACAGUGGCUCAGCCAUGCGUGCGUGCCUUGGUGGUGGCUGGCUACGAGAUAUCCAAGUCAUUCACACGCCAAUGGACCAAUAUUCUCGUCAAGCUCUCAACUAUCAUGUCGUCGAUUACAAUGAGCGUGCACAUUUUGGAGCUUUUGGCCGAGUUUAGCAGUGUCCAAGCUUUGUAUGCAAAUUUUACGGAGGCAGACUACCGACGUGUAUUCGGUAUCGCGCUGCAAUACAUCCAGUUCCAUGAAAGUGUCGCUGCGGGCAGCACACGUGAGAAUCUGCGGUCUAGUGCAGCCAAAUUCGUCCUGGCACAGUAUGUCCUUUUGCUCGCAUACAAUAAUAUUUCACAAUGGUUCAUGACUUUGCGUCUGAGUGAGCGAGCCAAGCAUGCUUCAUAUAUCACACAGGGAUUGGUCCUGGCGAACGAGGGGCGUGACUCUCUGAGUGAUCAAACCAUUGUGUGUCUCGACUUUUUGGCACGAUUUACAUACAGCAAUGCAUUGCCCAAGCCAUCUCGAUCCCUUUUGCAUAUGCUUCUGGACCAAAAAGGACAAGAGCCCCCUGGACCUGGAUUUACGUGGAUUGUCGGAAAGGGUCUCGUUACCGUUCGUCCAAUGGCAAGAAACGGCACAUAUGAGCUUGUCGUUCGGCGGCCAUCUGGCACAGUGUCAUUUGUCAGUCGCAUGGAGAACAUGACGUCGGAUGAUCGGACAGCAGAAGAACGCACUGCAGAUAUUCUUGCGGCGGCGAUCGAACACUGGAAACAGCAGGGAUCGAUUGCGAAACCCGUCAUUCGAGCUCCUGGCGAGACGGAACCGACUGUGACGCCCUCGUCCAAGCCGGAUCAUUCGGAGGAAGCGAGUCCUGAACCAAACUUAGAAAAGGAAGAGACCACCCAUGGAACCCAUGAGCUUGAAAAGCCUACACUUCAUCGUACUUCAGGAAUGGAGCCCAUCUUUUUGGCGCUGCAAUUCAGUGGGUAUCCGGACAAAAGCCAAGAUAAGCCACCGGUUCUCUUGCCACAAGACGCAUCAACGGACCGAUUACUACGUGGUAUGGAUCUGACUCCUGUAUAUGAUUUCCAUAAGAUUGGUCUCCUGUAUGUCGGCUUCGAACAAACCAAGGAGCAAGAGAUUUUGAGCAAUACGCACGGAUCUAUGGCAUAUAUGCGCUUCUUGUCUUGCCUGGGUGAUCUCAUUCCGCUUCGCGGACAAGAAGAUGUCUACACUGGUGGGCUUGACCGCCAAGCCGAUGAGCAUGGAAAGUAUGCGUAUGUCUGGCGAGACUACAGCAGACAAAUUGUAUUUCAUACUAGCACGUUGAUGCCGAAUCAUGAGAACGAUGUAAACCGUGCUAGUAAGAAGGCACUUAUUGGAAACGACUAUGUGCACAUUGUUUUUAAUGACUCUGGGCUGCCUUAUGAAUUCGGUACAAUCCCGAGUCAAUUCAAUUUUGUCAAUAUUGUCGUAUCGCCCCAUUCCUCGGUUCGUGACGGUGUUGACUACGCUGUAUCGGAUGAUACAUAUUUCCAUGUAACACUGCAACUACGUCCAGGGCUACCUGAUUUUUCCCCCGCUGGCGAAGGCUGCUUGGUUUCGUCUGCUACAUUGCCUCAUUUUGUACGAAAUUUGGCCAUGCAAAGUGAUAUUAUAAGUCAAAUCUACCUCGAUACGGCUGAGUCUAUGGUCCCAUUUGCCAACAACCGAGUGAUACGUCUGCAUCACAUUGAGCGAUACCAACAACAGCUUAUGACCAAAAGAGCUGAGACAGAGUCGCUCGACGAUAUUACCAUCUACGACUUUACGAAGACGCUGAUCAAAUAG